AUGUCACAUGUUAGGUCCAAUCAUAUCGUCGAAAAUUGUAAUGCCACAGCAUGCAAGACUUGUAGCCAGAAACAUCACACUGUCCUCCAUCCGCAAAAUAAAAAUAAAAAAUGCUUCCAGACCAAUCACGCUAGCUUGCAUAACUCUUUACCGUCUCAAGUUUUAUUGUCGACUGCUAGGAUUAACAUCUUAGAUAACAAGGGAGUUCCUCAUGCGUGUAGGGCUCUGUUAGACAACGGGCCUCAGAUGCAUUUCAUGACUGAGAAACUAGCCGAGAAAUUAGGCCUGAAGCAACGGGAAAUUGAGAUUCCUCUCGGUGGAGUGAAUCAAAUGACCUCUAGUGUAAGCAAAAUAACAAGGACGACUAUCCAAUCCCGGUUAAACAAAUAUUCGACAGAUCUGACCUUCCUCAUAACGCCGGAGGUAAAUAAUCAGGCACCAAGCGAACCAUUGAAUAGGGUGGAGUUGAAAAUUCCUUCCAAUAUCCGUCUUGCCGAUCCGGAGUUUCACAGACCAUCAGAAAUCGACAUACUGAUCGGUGCUGAGAUAUUUCUGAAAUUGCUGUGUGUCGGACAAAUGUCUUUAGCUAACGGAAGAAAAACGCCUGGUGUAGCAGGUCCAAUUGCCGCCAAGUGCAAUUUAUCAUUCAAUUUAUUAAACAAGAAAAUUUGUGAAUUUUGGGAAAUUGAAAAUGGGCCUAACGAAAGAACUAAAUCUCACGAAGAAAGCGCAUGCGAAAUUCACUUCCAAGAAAAUACGCGCCGCGAUUCCGCAACCGGCCGUUAUAUCGUGAAACUUCCGUUCAAGGAAGAUUCAAACGGACUCAGCGAGUCAUACUCUCAUGCACUCAAACGAUUUCACUCGCUAGAACGAUCGUUAGGUGGGAACCCUGAAUUAAAAGAUAAAUAUAUCACCUUUAUGAGCGAAUAUUCGGAAUUGGACCAUAUGUCUGAGGAUAAAUCUGCAUCGAUUUACGACGGUUAUUUUUUGCCUCAUCAUGCCAUAAUUAAACAAUCUAGCUUAACAACAAAACUUAGAACCGUUUUUGACGCGUCAGCGAAAACAUCCAACGGGAAUUCUUUAAACGAUAUACUCAUGGUAGGUCCCAAUAUCCAGGAAGAUCUUUUCUCACUGCUGAUCCGAUUUAGAUCACAUAUAUUCGCAAUCACCGUCGACAUUGAGAAAAUGUAUCGGCAAAUACUGGUGACUGAAAAUGAUCAAAAGUUUCAGAAAAUUUUGUGGCGAGAAAAUGCUCAUCAACCUGUAAAAAUCUUCCGAUUAAAGACGGUCACCUAUGUCGUCGAAUCAACGAGUAUCAUCAAGUCACCAAGUCGUCGAGUCAACGUGUGUAAUCAAUUAAAAAGUGUCAUCAAGUCAAGGAGUAUCGCAGUCAUCGAGUAUCAUCAAGUCACCGAGUAUCACCGAGCCGUCGAGUCAACGUGUGUCAACGAGUUAACAAAUUAA